CUGUUCUUGCAUUCCAUCAAGGAGAACAAUUCUAGCUUCAUUUUCUUAACAUGUAUCUUGAGUCUCUAGAUAAUAUGAUUCUAUAUGAUUCCGACUCCGACGAUGAUUUGGAGAUUAUUAUAAUAGCUGCCAUGGAAGCACAACGGUUGGAAGUCGAGAGUUCAUCAUCACGACGAAGUUCUACUCAACCUCGCAAUUUCAUUCAGCGUGAUCAUUUGGGAGGACAUCGGAGGGUCUUUCUCGACUAUUUUAAUGAUCCACCAAUAUAUCCACCCAAGAUUUUUCGAAGGAGAUUUCAAAUGAAUCGAUCUCUUUUUCUCUGUAUUGUAUCGGAGGUGGUAGCUCAUGAACCAUAUUUUGUCCAAAAAAGAAAUAGUGCUGGAGUGUUGGGUUUGUCUUCCCCCGUGAAGAUAACUGCAGCAAUUAGAUUGCUCGCUUAUGGAAUAGCUGCAGAUGCUAUUGAUGAAUAUCUAAGGAUCGGAGAAAGCACCGCACUAAAAUGUCUCAGAAAAUUUGCCAAAGCAAUUAUUGCAAUUUUUUCUGACGAGUACUUGCGAUCACCAGAUAACAAUGAGAUCGCUAGACUACUAGCAAUUGGCGAAAGUCGUGGUUUUCCUGGAAUGUUGGGCAGCAUUGAUUGUAUGCAUUGGACGUGGAAGAAUUGUCCAACGGCAUGGAAAGGUAUGUAUAUUGGACACUCUCAUGAACCAACUAUUAUUUUAGAGGCGGUAGCUUCAUCUGAUCUUUGGAUAUGGCAUGCCCUUUUUGGGUUACCUGGGUCUAACAAUGAUAUCAAUGUACUAGAGAGAUCUUCUGUAUUUAGUGAGCUUACUCAAGGGCGUGCUCCUCCGAUUAAUUACACUGUUAAUGGUAAUGACUACACAAUGGGAUAUUACCUCACUGAUGGUAUAUAUCCACAGUGGGCAACAUUUGUGAAAACAAUUCCAUGUCCACAAAGAAACAAGAAAAAAUAUUUUGCCAAGGCCCAAGAGGCAAACAGAAAGGAUGUAGAGCGAGCAUUUGGGAUACUUCAAGCACGUUUCGCGAUUGUGCGUGGACCUGCACGAUCUUGGAGUCUCAAGACUAUUAAAGAUAUUAUGAAGGCUUGCAUAAUACUUCAUAAUAUGAUUGUCGAGGAUGAGCGAGAUAAAUAGGUAGUUCAAGAUAUGGACUAUGAACAAAGUGAUAAAGUUCCUCCAAUAGAAGUUUUGCAAGAGCAAUUGCUUGACGUUAUGGAAUUCAUUCAACGGCAUCGUCGUAUUCGAGACAGAGGAGCUCAUUCUCGACUCAAAGCGGACCUCAUCGAGCACUUGUGGCAAUUACAUAGCGAAUCAUAGGAGAUUGUAACUAGGGAUAGAUGGAGCUUGGUGCAAUCAGUCAUGGAAAGGAGCUGUGGCUUGGGCAUCCUUGUCAACUUUGUCUUUUGUUCAAGAGUAGAAAGUCAGGAGAGUGUUUGUAAUGUUGCUAAGUCUGUGAUGUAUUAGUGUUUCAUAUAUGUAGUUAUGUUUCUGUUUCCUAAGAGAAAAAAAAGAUACCUAAUGGCAUGCACUCAUAUUCUUGCAAGGAAUGGAAAAAACAGAGCCUCAAU